AUGCGUUCGAUGUUUGAAUAUCUAGCUGUUUUCUUCGCUGUGCUUUUGGUGGUCAAAGCACAGGAUUCUACUGGUGCUAAUACAGUGCCGCCAGAUGACGAGGAAGUGGGAACGACUUGCCCUGUGAUCACUCAAACAACUGAAGGAACGACCACCACAACUGAAGCAUCGGAACCCAAUACGAUUUGUUCGGACAAUGAUGGAAUGAAUGACGCACUCAGAAAUGCCUCGCUGGAGCUGCACAAUCAGAAAAGAGCAGAGCUUGCUAGUGGAAACACGGCUAUGGGGAGUGCUGGUACCAAAAUGCGAAAAGCAAACAAUAUGCCAGAACUAGAAAUUGACUGCGAUCUCGAAAAGACGGCCCUAGAGGAAGCACAGAAAUGUGAAGAAACGGAUGACUUGACUGGCCGGGAGUUUAAUAUGAAGAUGGUGGAAGGUGCAACCGAUCUGGCAGAAGCUCAAAACAAGGCCCUAGAGGAAUGGUGGAACGAAAUUACGAAAGAUCCUGUGAUCGACCAAAUCCAAAACCUGUACUACGAUCACAGCCUCAAACAACAUUUCUCUAAGAUGGCAACCGAUAAAACGAAAAAAGUUGGUUGCGCUGCAGUCAAGUGCGAUAAAGGUGUGCGUGUUGUGUGCAAAUAUGAAGGAAUCCUGAAGAACGGCGAAAAGAUUUACAACAUGGGUCCCACUUGCAAGCAGUGCUCUGCUGGAGCGGGCAUGGCAGAUUGCCAAGCGGAACCAUAUCCCGGUUUGUGCCCCGCAAAAUACUACAGCUCAUGAAGUUGGUCCACCUAUGUUUAAACAGGUGUGAAUAAAUGCAUGCAUUUAAGUGUUCCACACAUAACAUAAUCUGAGCC